ACUACAAGAGCUACUAGGGCCAGGGAAGAGUUAGCUGCUGCUGCGUGGCACCUCGUCCCAGCUGCAGGGAACCUCAGGGACUCUGCAGCAAGAGCCACCAUGGGCUGCAGGGAGUGCUGUUCAGGCCGGGCCUUCAAAUGGGCCCUGGCUGGCGGUGUCAUCACAGCUCUGGCGGUAGCUGUCAGCAUGGUCAUCGCCUUGACGCUGAACCAGGGUCCCCAGUCAGGCUGUGAGGUGGACGCGGUUUGCCGCCCCGAAGCAGACAUGCUGGACUACCUGGUGAGCCUGGGCCAGGUCAGCAGCCCGGAUGGCCUGCUGGUCAGCUGGACCCAUGGAGCCAACAGCCGGGACAAGAUGGAGGAGGGCCUGAGCAGCAAUUCCAUGGUCUUGGAGGCAGACGUCAAUACAGAAGGGCUCAACACGGCCAAUGAGACAGGCGUUCCCAUCAUGGCCCACCCGCCGGCCAUCUACAGUGACAACACGCUGCAGCACUGGCUGGAGACAGUGCUGUCCCGUUCCCAGAAGGGCAUCAAACUGGACUUCAAGAGCCUCAAGGCUGUGGGCCCCUCGCUGGGCCUCCUUCAGCAGCUGACGGACGCCGGCAGGGUACGGAGGCCCGUGUGGAUCAAUGCCGACAUCCUGCCUGGUCCCAACAGUCCCAUCUCAAUUCCGGUCAAUGCCACACAGUUCCUGGCGCUGGUGCAGGAGAAAUACCCCAGGACCACCCUGUCCGUGGGCUGGACCACCCGUUACUUAGCCCCACUGCACACCAGGCCUUACACCAAGGCCAUGUUGGAGGAAAUGCAUGCGCUGGUGGGAGCCGUGCCACAGAAGGUCACCUUCCCCGUGCGGGCUGUCAUGGUGCGGGGUGCCUGGCCGCACUUCAGCUGGCUGCUGGACCAAUCUGAGAGGUACACCCUGACACUGUGGCAGGGCAGAGCUGACCCCAUGUCAGUGGACGAUCUCCUCUACAUCCGGGACAACACGGAGGCUCACCGAGUCUACUACGAUCUCUUCGAGCCCAUCCUGUCGCAGUUCAAGCAGCAGGCUUUAAACGCCACGAGGAAGCAGAUGUACUACACAGGCGGCAGCCUGAAACCUCUUCUCCAGCCUCAAGGGGCUGACGGUCUGAGCUUGGAGUGGCUGGUUCCAGAAGUCCACAGCAAUGGGACAGCAGCAGUGCUUACCCUCCCAGACAAAGACGGCAUGAUCCUGCUGGACGUCCACCUCCAGAGAGUUGCAGCCAGGGACCCUGUGCCCGUUGUACGUGUCCUGGAGGGCCAUUCCCUGACGCUGGAGUCAUCCCUGCUGCAACUGGCCAUGCGCCCUGGACGCUGGGGAGUCCACAUGAACAUAGCAGAGCCCGAAGCCCUCCGGCCAACCCUGACCACACUGGCACGCCUCUCCUCCCUUGGCCACCUGCCUCGCCCUGUGUGGGUCGGGGCCACAGUCUCUCAUGGCAGUUUUGUGGUCCCUGGACACGUGGAUGGCAGAGAGCUGAUCACUGCUGUAGCUGACAUUUUCCCCCAUGUGACAGUGGCCCCAGGCUGGCCUGAGGAGGUGCUGGAUGGCGGCUACAGGGAGCAGCUGGUCACAGAUAUGCUGAAGUUGUGCCAGGGGCUCUGGCAACCUGUGUCCUUCCAGCUGCAGGCAGGGCCACUGGGCCAGAGCAAGACAGACGUAGUGGCCAGGCUGCUGGCGGCCUCCCCUAGGGCCACUGUCACUGUGCAAAACAGCCACACCAGGAGCAGCCCUGCAGCUGUGCAGCUGGGGCUGCUGGUGGCCAGGGCUGAGGACAGAAGCCGAGUCUACUACAGGCUGCCCCGGGGCCAGCGCCAAAACUUGCCGGCAGACGUUGGCAGGAACUGAUUGCCUGGCAGUGCUGGGCCAAGGCUUCCGGGGGAAGCAGGAUGAAUAAACCUUCCUCCUUGUGCUGUG